GUGAACUACUGCUUGGUAACUUCACCAGCUAGACGACUUCUCCACGAAUAUCAAUCGGCUAGAAAGCUUUUGGAGGCGCUACGCGAUGCUAUUCAAGGUUAUAGGUUAUUGCUCGAGGAUGGAAAGAUUCUUUAUCGGGAUGUUUUUGAAAAUAAUAUUAUUAUCACCGAACUCCUUGCCGAAGAUGCCCCGAAAGGAAGACUAAUUGACUUGGACUUGGCAAAGGAGCUGGACGGCAUUCAACCAAAACACAAGCAAAUCUGGUCCGAGACCAUCCCUAGAUAG